UGAGGGACUUUGCAGGGAAUCUGCCAGCCUACAAGGAGAUUUCCAGGCACUUAAGAAUAGAGUGGAGUAGAGCUGUAACUCUGCAUGUGAAGACAGCUGCUCCCAUGGACACAAAAAAUACAUGACAGCCAGCUGUGAUUCCAUUCUUAUUCACCCAUGGUAAGCUGAGAUCACAAAACAGAGCUGUUCAGCCUGGCACUGAAAUACCUUUGUAAAAGCUAACUUUGACUUGCAGCUCCUGCCCUCCCUGCCCUCUGUUAUUCCAGUCUUAACCAUGCACACAAUUGGCAACAGUUUCCCACAGAGUUAGAUGGAUUUCACAGAGUGAGGUGCUUUGUUAGAAUGUCCCAUUGCUGUGAGCUUGCUUUGUAUGGUGGCCUCUGGGUGCCAGUCCCAUAUGUAAUUGCCAGUUUCUCUCCCAGCAGUGUUCUUUAGGUGUAAAGUUCCUCACUAGAAAUGACUUCUGAUUGCAAACUUCCCUGUAAAAAGGACCCUGUCUCUGCAAGCACCUCUGAAAAUGAUGUCCUGUGCCUUGAAUUGUUCCUCACUGGUGGGUGGGUAAGCACCUCCUUCCAAAUAAUGGCAUGUUGCCACAAUUGUCCCAUGGCUUCAGGCUCCCUGCCUGGCAUACUCUAGAUCUGCGUGAACUUUUACUUUGUGGUUUGAUAAAGUAACUUUAAAGAAAACUUACUGAGACAAUGUAGUCGUUUUAGAGCUAUUUGAAAAUCAGGAAAUUCUAAGCAUAAAGCUCAUGUCCAAAAGUACAAGAAUAUUGGACAUAGGACUUUGUCCUUUUUUACCUGUAAUUCCUGAAAAGAUUUGCAUUUUAAAUGUUUUCUGUUCCCGGUUUCUUUUCACAUAACUUCAUAACUUCGGCCUUGUCUAUCCUGUUUCUCAAGGAAGAUGCUAUGGACAACUUCAGAACAAAGAGCAAGGCCUAAUCAACUAAGGAAGGGAAAGGGGAUAUUUGCAGGUUUUAAACAUUUUUCUUUGGCUUGGUUAAAAUCUAUUUAACUCAAAUACAAUGGUAAAAAAGAUCACUGUUUUAAAGUUUUCAAAUCCUGGCUCUUCAUUGAAGAACCUGCUGAUUCACAACUCGGAGGCUUCUGAUGAGUCUUUCAGCAAAGCAUAGAGGAGAAAACCUGACAUUUUUAAUAGUUUGAUAUUUUUAAAGUAAGAAGAGACAGUUUUUAAGACUACAAUUUCUGGCCUUCUUCCCAUACCUGGAUAAAAUGCCAAAAAAAGAAGCAAGGAGGGAAGCAAUGGUCCUAUAUCUGUUACCCUUGUAGGAGUUCUUAAAAGCAACCCUCCAAUUGUGUUUGGAUGUAGGAAAAUUCAGUUAAGUGUCUUUUUAACAGCUAAUGAUGUUACUCAUUUGCUGCAAAGAGGGUUCUGUUACCACAGUUGUUCUGUUCACAUGUAGACACUGCACAACCCGUACCAAAACUCUUAGUUUUUGAUCUGACAGUCAGUACCACAGUUCUAGCAAAGGAACAGCAGAGGGCAGCAGAAACUGUGUUAACAAAACCCAUUGGCCCUGCCAGUCUCUUUUUAGUUUAACUGUCUCUUCCCUCCCUCUCCUCUGGGUCUCCCCCCACCUUGCUAUCUGAGUUAAGAGUUUCGAUUUGGUUACAGCUCUCAAGGUCUGGCUAGAACAUUUGGAGGGGAGAGAGGGAGAGACAUACACACAUCAGACAAGCCCAGGACCAUGCUUUUCCCAUUUCUACUGUGGGAGUCCCUCCUCUUUGGAGUGAUCAGUUCCAGUCAAACCCCAAAAAAGCUGUUUGGGGAGAUCACAUCUCCCAGUUAUCCCAAGCCAUACCCCAACAACAACAUCAGCAGCUGGGACAUCGUGGUACCAAAGGGCUUUGUGGUGAAGCUGACCUUCUGGCAGUUUGACCUGGAGCCAUCUGAGUCCUGCUUCUAUGACUACGUCAAGAUCACUGCAGACAAGAAGGAUCUGGGCCGGUACUGUGGCCAGCCAGGCUCAGCCAAGGGCAACCACCCAGGAACCAGGGAAUUUGUGUCCAAGGGGAACCAGAUGAGGCUGAAGUUCCAGUCUGACUUUUCCAAUGAAGAGAAUGGCACCCUCAUCCCCUACAAAGGAUUCUUGGCCUAUUACCAAGCAGUGGAUCUGGAUGAAUGCACCCAUGGUAAUGCCGUUGAGGAAGAAGAGGGUCCUCAGUGCCAGCACACCUGCCACAACUACAUUGGUGGCUACUUCUGCUCCUGCCAUCCUGGUUACCAGCUCCAGAAAGAUCAGCACUCCUGCAAAGUGGAGUGCAGCAAUGAGCUGUUCACAGAGGCAUCAGGAUACCUGUCAAGCCCAGAGUACCCUGAGCCAUAUCCCGCAGAGCUGCAGUGCAAAUACAGCAUCCGCCUGGACAAAGGUCUGAGCAUCACCCUCAAGUUCUUGGAGCCCUUUGAUAUUGAUGAACACCAGCAGGUCCAUUGCCCCUAUGACCAGCUCAAGGUCCAAGCAGGAGGAAGACUGCUUAAAGAGUUCUGUGGUAAGGUGUCACCUGGCAUCAUUGACACGAACAGCAACGAAGUGGACAUUUUGUUCUUCACGGAUGAGUCGGGGUUCAGUCGUGGCUGGAAGAUCCACUAUAGCUCAGAAAGAAUCCGGUGCCCCCAGCCUGUACCACGGGAUGAGUUCACAGUCAUCAAAAAUCCUCAGCCCGUCUACCAAUUUCGUGAUUAUUUCAUUGUUAGCUGCCAGAAAGGUUACAGACUCACAGAGAGUGGCCAGAAGCUGGCAUCCUUCACUGCUGUCUGCCAGGAUGAUGGGACAUGGCAUCGACCCAUGCCACAGUGUGAAAUUGUGAACUGUGGUGACCCCAAACUUCUAAACAAUGGACAUUUCAAUUAUGUCAGCAAACCUGGGAACAACGAAUACCAAUCAGCAAUCACAUACCACUGCAAGAAGCCUUAUUACCACCUGGUCACCAAAGGCAGAAGCGAUACCUAUACCUGCUCUGCCCAGGGUUCCUGGGAGAACCAAGAUGGCCAUGUGGACAUUCCAGCAUGUUUACCAGUGUGUGGGAAACCAGACAAUCCUGUCACUUCAAUCCAGCGGAUCGUUGGUGGCAGCAGGGCAAACCCAGGAAACUUCCCGUGGCAGGCAAAAACACUCAUCCAUGGCCUCGGGGGUGGGGCUCUGCUGGGUGACCGCUGGAUCCUGACAGCCGCCCAUACCAUCUACCCCAAGAACAAAGAACAAGGAAUGGAGGCAAUUGGGAGAGAUGGCGAGGCUCUACUGACUGGGGAUGAGGAGGUGUACCUUGGACACACGAAUGUGACUGAGAUCCUUAAGCUGGGUAACCGACCUGUCCGCAAGAUAUUUGUGCACCCAGGCUACAAACCUGGCAACAGCCACAAUUUUGAUGGGGACAUUGCACUGCUUGAACUGAAGGAGCCAGUGAAGCUGGGGCGCGACGUGUUGCCCAUUUGCCUCCCAGAUAUUAAAAACAACACCUUCUACACCACGGGGUACAUGGGGUAUGUAAGUGGCUUUGGAGUGGAAAAGAACAUUCUUCCAGACCAUCUGAAAUAUGUAGCACUACCAGUGGCUGACCAGACAAUCUGUCAACAAUGGUUGCAGAAUAAUAACAAAAAGACCAUGAAUAAGACCAUGGUGUUCUCUGAAAAUAUGUUCUGUGCUGGCUCACCCUCUGCAAAUAAAGACACUUGCCAGGGAGACAGUGGGAGUGUCUUCACUGUGCUGGAUCCAGAAAGUGAGCGCUGGAUUGCUACUGGUAUUGUCUCUUGGGGUAUUGACUGUGCUAAGGGCUAUGGCUUCUACACCAAGAUCAUCAACUACCUAGACUGGAUCAAAAAAAUAACAGGAGAGAAGACACUCUGAAUGCCAGAAAUUGUCUGAAAGCUUAGCGAUAUCAUGUAGACUUCCUAACACCAGCACAUUCUUUGUUGAAACUUUGAUGAUGUCAUUAAAUCUUCUCAACACUGCUGUCCCAUUGGCUGAAACCUUGAAGACGCCAUAAAAAUUUCUGAGGUCACUGCAUCAUUGCCUGAAUUUUGGUGACAUUAUCAAAGGUUCAUAAUUGUGCUCUGCUAUUGACUAAAGCCUUGCUGAUAUUCUAAAGCUUCCAAAUGUAAGCCUUGAUAACAUCAGGAAGCCUUGGGUAAUCCAACAUUCAAUUGCCUGAAAUUUUGAUAAUGUCAUAAGACUUCUGCAAUCUGUUACACUGUUGUUUAAGAUGCUUGCAAUGUGGUACCCUGUUCUGGAUGAUGCUGCACUUGGAGUUGAGUGCAGUUUGUUGUAUGCAUCCCCAGGUUCUAUCAACAUUAAAAUCACUGCUACCAGAACAAGA